AAAUCUGCCGCACUGGACCAAAGGGGCGGGAUCUCACUUCAUUCAAACAAAAGGGAGGCUGCACCCCACCGGUAUGGAGUAACACAGAACUAUUUACGUACUGCACCAUCUUCAGCUUAUAAGUCUGGUAGUGAAAAGAGAGAUGUCAAAAGUGAUGUUGCUUUCAAAGAUGAUAGGCCUGCAUCUAGAUCUCCAGUUUCAGCAAAAGCCAGCAAUACCGGUCGUUGGGUCCCUCUUAAUGUUGUGCGAGAUGUACAAGACAGAAACGAAGCUAUUUUCAGAAAAGUUAGAGGUAUUCUCAAUAAAUUAACACCAGAAAAAUUUGAUCGCUUAAUUUUUGAGCUAUUAAAUCUUGGUCUAACCAGCAAAACAAUUCUUAAAGGGAUUAUUCUUUUGAUUUUUGAGAAAGCGUUAGAGGAACCAAAGUACAGCAGCCUUUAUGCACAGCUCUGUUUACGGCUCAGCCAUGAUGCACCAAAUUUUGAUGAUUCUUCUUCUUCAAACACUACAAGUUUUAGACGUUUGUUGCUUUCAAAAUGCCAAGAGGAGUUUGAAUCAAGAGCAGAUGCCUCAGCAGUCUUUGACAAGCAAGAAGGGCUGCUCACGACUGAGCAGCAGGAAGAAAAGGCAUUGUCAAAGAGGAAGAUGCUUGGAAACAUCAAGUUUAUUGGCGAGCUUGGAAAGCUGGGAAUGCUUCAUGAGGCGAUCCUUCACAAAUGCAUACAACAACUGUUGGCCAAGAAAAAGAAAGCUAACUUUGUGGACAUGUCAGAGGACAUCGAGUGCCUUUGUCAAAUAAUGACAACCGUUGGCAAAAGGCUUGAUGUGCCUAAAGCUGAAAACAUCAUGAAUCAAUAUUUUGAUCGGAUGAAGAUGUUGGCAGAUUCCCCUGAACUGCCGUCCCGGAUCCGGUUUAUGCUACAAGAUACCUUGGACCUUCGCAACCAUGCCUGGAUAUCAAGGAGAGUGAAAACCUCUGAAGCUGGACCUGUGCCAGUAUCCAAACUAAGAUGGGAAGCAUAUGCCACAUCACCUGGUCAACCUCCACAUAAUUUCAUGCACCUUCCCUUUCCCCCACCGAUGCCUUUUGGUAUGCCACCGCCUCAAGCCUUGUUUGGCCAGCCAGGACACCCGAUGGCUCCAAUGAUGCCUCCAGGCAUGUUCCCACCUGGUGGUCUUGGUCCUAGAAUGGCUGACUUGACGCUGGUUCAAGACGCACAGAAGGAUAUUUUUGGCAAAGAUCCCGUACCAAAGAACCAGCAAGUGAUGAAGAAAAUCAAAGAAAAGAGGGAGGAUUUGUUUGAGCCUCACUAUUUGAAAAACAAGCCAACAUCAUCAGCACUUAGUACCCCCGCCACCUUGGCUGCGCAGCAUCUUGCUCCGAAGCAAAUUAAAUCCUACGCAACGGCUUCCCUUCCUACAAACCUACCACAGAUGCAGCAAACACCUCCGAAAAAGUACGAUUUCUUUGACAACGAUGGCUUCAACGACAUCUUGCAACCAACUGCUCCCAAAAGCUCACCUUGGAGUAUUGAUCCUUUUCCAAAAACCUCAUCCGCCACGCCAGUGACGUCAAGCACAGGUUUUGUUGACGGCAACUUUAACCAGGUUUCACAGCAGAACCAAGCAAACAAAGUGGUCAAUGGACAAUCGGAUAACAAAACGUUCCCAUUCACAAGAAGUACUAUGCAGAAGGCUGGAAAUAUAAGUUUGCGUCCAACUACUUCACUUGCGACCCCUAAGAAGGAGGAGGAGACAAAACUGGAUAAAUCGCCAUCGAAAACAUCAACCAAUGCAGUGAACCUCGUUAUCAAGGACAAACAGGAAAAAUCAAAGACGAAGAAGAACUUACUUUCGAAACCGGAAUAUGAAAGAAGAGUAGAGCUCACCCUGAAGCAAAACGGAACAAAUGGAAAUGUCGAUAAUGCCGUUCAGGCGUUGAAGCUUAUCACAAAUGCCCAAUCGUACAGCAAAAUGCUGGCAAACAAAGUUAUGAAGGAAUCCUUAGCGAGAGAUACCGAAUACUGGAAUUUCAUUGGUAAGCUCUUGGUAGAGUUGCAGAAGAAUGACGUCAUUUCAACGGAUGUACUCCAAAAUGCCUUGAUUGCAACUGCUGAUUUUGUUAAGACCAAUAGAGUGGAAAAUGGAGUGGACUAUUUUUCGACAAUCGGAACAUUAAUCGUUGAAGAGGAAGUGCUGUCGUUAGUCGAAUUACGUGAUUUCUUUAUCAAUGGCGAGCUGUUUCCCGGAUUUUUCAAGGCCCUUCAUAAGUUGGCUGCCGACAAAGGAGAGAAAUGGCUCAGUGAAAAAGUUGAAGAAUAUAAAAUCGAUGUUAUGAGCACACUACCUGUUGAUAUGCAAACAGAAAGUGAUUUGCUGAAAUUUGCAAGAGAAUCGAAUGUGGGAUUUCUGUUUCCCGUUCUGUGUAUCCAAGCACAGUUGUCCGAAGUUUUGAACACGCAGAGUGAUGUUGGUGAAAUACAGUCAUGGAUUAAGGAAAAUAUGGAAAACGCCAUGGCAGAUAAAAAAAUGUUCAUUCAGUCGCUUUUACUAUGUAUACUGAAGCAUGUAUUGGCGGACUGUACCUUGACUGCUGGUGUUGACACCAAUCAUAUACCCGAGAAAGAUUUGCAGGAAAAAGAGAAAGAAUCCAUCAAAAAAUUUUCGCCGCUUAUCAAAUCAUUCCUUGAUGAACACAGCAAGCUGCAGAUUGAAGCUGUGUACGGCUUGCAACAGUUCUGCUUCCUCAACAACUUUCCUAAAGGAAUGCUUUUGCGGCUUUUUAUGGCUUUUUAUGAUUUGGAGAUGAUUGAAGAAGAUGCCUUUUUGAGAUGGAGAGAAGACAUAAACGAUGAAUACCCUGGCAAGGGAAAGGCCUUGUUCCAGGUCAACAACUGGUUACAGUGGCUGGAAACAGCUGACGAGGAAGACGAAAGUGACGAAGAACAAGCUUGAAUACUUUAAAAGCAGAGCAAGACAAAAAAACAAAAGAAGAAAAUUAUUGUAAAAAAUGGCCGUACUUUGAAGAAAGCUAACACGUUGAACGUGGUAUAAAUUAGAAAGACAACGAAUAGCUAAUGGACCAGAUUAAAAGCCAAUCGGCUUACUUAAAGUUAACAUGUAUUAUUCUAAAGUAAUUUGAAUAGAUGGUUUGGAUUGCAGGUUUAGUUGGCAUGAUUAGAUGCGGUUAAAAA